UUAAGCUUUGCAUAAUCAAUCUAGGCGCUUUUCGCCGGUGUCUCUCGCUCGCCUGUUUCAUCGCCAGAGAAGGAGAAAUGGAAGAUGCUCGUGGAAUGGCGGGAUCAGACAACUUCACAAUGCUCCCUCUCAAUCGUCGGGUCAAAAUCGUUACCAGCGACUCUAAGAUGGAGGAGACUCUGCAAAGCCUCAAAUCGUCUAAAGCUCCUGCCGUGAUCAACUAUGGAGCAUCAUGGUGCCGCAUCUGCAGCCAGAUCCUCCCUUCCUUCUGCCAAUUGAGUAAUGAGUUUCCAAACAUUUCAUUCGUAUAUGCGGACAUAGACGAGUGCCCUGAAACAACUCAGAACAUACGCUACACUCCUACCUUCCGAUUCUUUCGAGAUGGUGAAAGAGUUGAUGAAAUGUAUGGUGCAGGUGAGGAACGACUGAGGGAUCGGCUAUGGUUGCACUCGUAAUUUAUCGCAGUUUUGUUGCAACUGUGACACUCGCAGCGAUCAGCCUUUGAAUUUAUUUUGAUAUUCAUGUAAUAUUUUAACAUCAAAAUAUGAAUAUUUGUUGAAACCA